AAAGGGUCAUUCUGAAAUUGGGGGUUUCCACUUCCCGACCCACCCGCCCGCGUCUUAAAAAACUCGCACAUGUAACAUUCCCAUCAUUCUCAGAGAUCCAAUUAGGGUUUAAUUUUAUUCAAUCAAUCCCCAAUUCAGAAUGUACUCCGAUCGAGAAGCGGGCGCCGCCAAGGUUUCUGUUAAAGACCGCCUCAACAUCGACGACCCCGGUGGCCGUCGCCGCGUCUCCGGGAAGAGGCAGAGACAGGACAACGAUAAAUGGGAACAUGAUCUCUAUGAUCGUAAUGAUCCCCAAGUUUCAAGUAGCAGAGUUGGUGCCACUGAUCUUCGUUUGAAGCUUCAGAAGAGAAGUAUCCAAAACGCAACUCAGACUGGAAAUGGGUCUGUCCAAGGUGGUAUAAGGGAUCUGCGUGAAAAGCUCUCAGGUACAGUAUACUCGCAACCAGUUGAAGCUGCUCGAGCAAAGCCAAGAGCAGUCAUGGAGGGCACCAAUUCUGUUAGGAAAAGUGCCGUAAUUGAAGCCUCUGUUCCAGAGAAAAAAAGGGUUAACAGCACAGCAUCAAAGAAAAAGGCUGAGCAAAUGUUGGAAUCAGUGGACAGCUUCCUGUUCUCCCUGGGUCUAGAGAAAUAUUCUAAAAAAUUCAAUGCAGAGGAAGUUGAUAUGACUGCCCUAUUACACAUGAAUGACGAGGACCUCAAGGCUAUGAGUAUACCUAUGGGCCCAAGAAAGAAGAUACUUCUGGCAUUGGAAUCUAAAGUCUGAUAUCAAACAGUGAUGGUUCUUUCAUUUGCUUGUGUAAAUCCCCAAAGGCUUUGGUGACAAUUUCCUUAUAUCAGCGAAUCUCUGUUUUAAAUCGAGUGUUCAAGCCUGAAUUCAUGUAACAUUCGUUAGUGACUCUUUCAGCUGUAUUUUGGGCAUAAAUAGUGUUUAUUUGAGCAGGGACUUAUCUAGGGGCUGCAACAUCCCAGAUUUCAAGAACUAAUUAGCGCCAAGUUUUAUAUUUAUAUCGAGAAUUUAGAUUUUGACGA